AUGAGCGAUAGAGAGGGUGAGCUAGAGGUACAGAGACAGAAUCAACAUCUCAAGGUUGACUACAGUAAGCCGUACGCUAAGAGACGACCGGACGAGCCGAGAAGUCACUACGCUCAACGGCUCAAGUUCAUCAACGAGCUCAUACGAGGAAUGGGAGACAGUCUCUCUGAUGAGCGAAUAGACGUGCUCAGUAACUGCUACACUAAUGUGAAGUUCCUCAACAAUAAGUAUCAUCCGGAAAUAAUGGAGAUUCUGGCGAAGUAUGAUCCUGAUGUUGAGAGUGUGGUGUUGGGAGUUAUGAAAGGUGUGGUAUGGAAAUUCACGGUCUAA